AUGCAGUCACAGAAUAAGCAAGACAUUGAUACAAUGCAAUAUGUCGCUGCUAAAUCGCGAGACAUAUCCAUCAAUAUGAGGAAAAUAGGAGAAUUAGCAAUGGAGGUAAUAGCUUAUAUGUCUCGCAAUCACGAUAAUAACAAUUUUAACGCAGUCACACAUAGUUAUGUGCGAUUGUCGUCCGAAUUUCAUCCCGAAAAGAAUGACAAAAGAGCGGCGGAUUGGCUGUUCGUAUUGAAUACAUUGAAUUUUGGACUUUGGACUCGAAAGGGUAUGCAGGAAUGGAAAGUUGAUGGAUUCACCGGAUACAUGGCAUUGUGCGCUAUUAUUAAAAGGACUAUUGACAAUGGAAAACCAAUAUGGGAUCCUAAAUUUUAUACAACGCUAUCUAUAGUCGACAUGAUGCACAUUUUCCAGGGUGAUGACGAUGUUAUCAUACCACGCAUAUCUCAAAGAUUAACAAUUUUGCAUGAAGUUGGAAAAGUUUUGUUGGACCACUAUGAUGGUACUUUUGCAAAUUGUAUCAAAUCAUGUGAACACGAUGCCAUUAAGUUGAUGGUCACAAUUCAUGAUAAAUUCCAGUCAUAUCACGACAUAGUAAAAUAUGGCGGACGAUCAGUUCAUUUGUACACUAAGGCUUGGACGUUGGUUACUGAUAUAUGGGCCUAUUUUGAUCAAGAACAUGAACUUUGGAUUAAAAUAGAAGGAAUAAAGUAUUCUACGAUAUUUGCUGAUUAUCGUGUUAUUCAGGUUUUCAAUCAUUUCAAUGUUCUUGUUUACAGUAAAAAAUUUUUGGACGAACUCGAAAAAGAGGAAUUCAUUAUACAUGGGUCUAAAGAAGAAGUAGAGAUUUGCUGUUGUUCACUUAUGAUAGUAAGAUAUCUGCAUCAAAUGUUGAUGGAAACGUUGAAGCAAAAUACAUUCGUAAAACGAAUACCCGAAUUAGAGUUGCCAGAUUUCGAUUGUAUGUGCCUGGUUGACAACUUUUUGUGGGACUAUCUACAAUUACAUAAUGAGCAAUUGAAGAAGAAUAUAUUAUGCAAGGUCUAUACUGAGAGCUAUUAG